AUGCGGCUUCUCGGUCGACUCCGCUCCCCAGCUCCCGAGCCUGCCUUCUCCAACGUGCUCACCCCGGGCCGCAUCCCAGAGUUCUGCAUCCCACCGAGGCUGUCCGUCCCCGACGCUGCGGAAUCUCCGCUCCCGGCCGCCGCCCUGCCCUGGCGCUGCGCGGCCGAACCCGACCUAUGGCUGCGCCCCCGGGACGACCUGGACGACGACGACGACGACGACGACGGCGCGGGCCACACGGACUGGGACCCGCGCUCACAGGCUGCGCUCUCGCUGCCGCACCUGCCCCGCGCGCGCACCGCCUACGGCUUCUGCGCGCUGCUGGAGAGCCCGCACACGCGCCGCAAGGAGUCGCUCUUCCUCGGCCACCCAGGCGCCCCCGUCCCCCGGCUGGGGCUCCGCCAACGCGCUCACACCUACGGGGGCCCGCGCCGCGCCUCGGACUCCGUGCUCGCCGCCCCACGCGACCCGGACACCGCCCCAGCGCCCGCUCCCCCGCCCGGUGUGCGCCGCCUCCUGCGCGGCCCCGACGGGCUGCUGAGCCGCGCGCUGCGGGCCCCUCGAGGUCGGGCCGGCGCGCGCCCCGCGUCCCGCGGUGACGAGCACGAGCGCGCCGCCUCCUGCGCGCCCCCGGCCCCCAGCGGCCCGGAUCCCGAGCGCCUGCAGGCCGAGGCCAGCGUGGCCGUGGGCCGCGGGGCGUGCACGCUGCGCCUGGCCGCCGAGUACUGUCGGCGCAGCGCGAGCCUCCGCCUCCGCCUGCUGCGCGCCGAGGGCCCGGCCGUGGCGCUGGAGCCCCGCGCCGUGGGCUGUCGCCUCAGCCUGGUGCAGCGGCCGUCGGGCCAGCAGCGCGCCAGCGUAGUCCGCCGCAGCCGCAAGGCCGCCCUGGACCAGGACUGCUGCUUCGACGGGCUCUCGGAGGAGCAGCUGCGCCGCCUGGUGGUGCGCAUCAAAGCCGAGAGCAAGGGCCGUGGGCUGGAGCGCAGGCGACCGCUGGGCCAGGGCGAGCUGCUGCUGGGCUCUCUGCUGCUGCUCUGAGCCCGGCUUCCCUGGCGCCCUGGACACUGAGGGUGGCUUGGCUUUGAGGUGCACAGAGACUCUUGGCCUUGGGACACUUGUAGUCUGUUGCACAACGGCUUGGCCCUGAGACACACACAGACUCUUGGCUCUGCUACACUUUCCCUUUUGUACAAAAUAAAACUUAUUUAUUUUUCUAUUUAU